AGAAUAGGGCGUCCAAUGAUUGCUUCGAAUGUUCUUGAUCUCGUUGGUGAUACUCCACUAGUUCGACUGAACAAGAUACCUAAAACAGAGAACGUUGAAUUUGCAAAGUGCGAAUUCUUGAAUCCUGGAGGCAGUGUGAAAGACCGAAUCGGGAAGCGCAUGGUUGAGGAGGGUGAAAGAUCUGGCCUCUACAGGCCCGGUGACAUCCUGAUCGAACCGACUUCCGGCAAUACAGGCAUCGGAAUCGCCAUGACCGCUGCCGUGAAGGGGUAUGGAUGCAAGAUCACAAUGCCAGACAAAAUGAGUCAAGAGAAGAGCAACAUUCUGCGAGGCCUUGGGGCUGAGGUUAUUCGGACGCCGAGGGAUUUGAAGAAGGAGCUGGGCGAACGCUCGCACAUUCCCAACCAGUACUCUAACCCCUACAAUCCCAUCGCGCACUACGACACCACAGGCCCGGAAAUUCUCGAGCCGGACGGCAAGCCUCGGCUGGACAUGAUCGUCGUCGGUGCUGGAACCGGUGGAACAGUCAGCGGAAUCGGACGUUUCCUCAAGGAAAAAAUUCCCUCGUGCAAGAUUGUCGCAGUGGAACCGAAGGGGUCACGCCUCGGCGUGGACGACUACGACGGUCCGUACGAGGUGGAGGGCAUCGGAUACGAGUUUGUCCCCACAGUGCUUGACCGCAAAAUCGUCGAUCACUGGGUUCGAGUGGGCGACCACGACACCUUCAAAAUGGCGCGUCGACUCAUGAACGAGGAAGGCCUUCUUGCUGGUGGAAGCAGUGGAAGCGUCGUUUGGGCCGCCAUUCAAGCCAUCAGGCAUUACAAACUCGGCAAGGGCCACCGUGUUGUGGUUAUCUUGCCUGACUCUGCGCGCAACUACACGUACGUCGCACCUGAUACGACCAGCAGUUUCCUGCAAAUAAACUAA